CCCAUUAGUCAAAAAUUCAAUUAAAUCACUGCCUUUUUUCGACCUAUUUUCAUGGCUUUUUCAAGGCUGAAUGCUCUACGAAAUGCCCACAAGACCGUAAAUCUCUGCAAAACCCUAACUUUCCAACCCCCAUAUUCACCACUGAAUGGAAGCCAUGGGAGUUUCUUGAUAAAAGGUACAAGAUUUUGCAGAGGAGUGGAUCAUUUGAAUGCCACAUCUGAAACCACUUCAUAUGGUAUUGGUUACAGAAGCAUAGGAUCGCCUUCUUUUAACUUAUUCAAUGGUUUUUCAAGGAGUCUGGAGAAUGCAAAGUUGCUUCAUUCUGCAGUGGUUGGUGACUUGCUUGAUACUGUUAACCACAAAGGGUUUAGCACAGUGCAAGCAAAAGCUCCUCCUCAAGCGAGACAAACUGGGGCCUUGAAGGUGUCCAUCGUGAGCCCAGGAUUCAUAUAUGAGCCAUAUGAGCGUCGCGAACCAAUCUCAUUCUGGAGAAGAUGGUUCACAAGAAGAGGUUGGAAAAGGACAAAAGAGGACAUGUUUUUGGAGCUCAAGAGUGCCUAUGCUGUUGCAAAAUUAAGGAAGUUAAAAGGAUACUCCAAACAACAAUUCUACAAUGAGGCUAUACAAUUAUACAAAGAGAUAAACACUCUGAUGGCGAAAGGCGAUAAAACAUUACUGAGGAAAUUUGUCACAGAGAAUAUGUAUUCUAUCCUCAAGAAUGAGAUUAAGCAACGAGAAUCAAUGUGGAGUAGCGUGUAUUGGGAAAUGAUUGGACCUGCUGUAAAAGUACGCACAUUACGGGCUCGAAUGAUUGGUGUGGAUAAAAAUGAUCUCAAUAAGGGGUUUAUUCAGCUGACUCUUGAGAUUCUAACCAAACAGAAGUUUGCAGCCUAUGAUUCCAAAGGCACUCUUAUCUCUGGUGACAAAACAAAGGAGGUUCUUGUACGUGAUAUAUGGGUAUUUGAGAGAUCUCUUUUCCACUCUGGAGCAUACUGGCGUCUUUGUGGACGGAUAGCAGUGUAGAUCAUCAUAAGCUAAGUGGGAUGCAGGUUUGAACUCUUAAUCAUGAAUCAUUCUCGAUCUUAAACAGCCAUCAGUUGGGGGAGAGGAUAUUAUGAAACUGAAGGGCAAUUUUAUUUAACAAACUGCUCUUUCAUGGGUGUGGAUGAGAUUUGCAGUGACUUUUUUUGUUUGGUGAUGGCCUUUUAGUAAAAUGGCAUCUUCAUUUUUGGCAAGUUUAGCAUAUUUCAAAUGGAUAAUUUUCUUUUUCCUUUUGUAGUGGGAAAUAAAUGUCUUAUUGUUCAGUCCUGUUAUGCUCUCUUUUACAUUUUAAAAGCAUGGUCUUUUUUUUCCUUUUAUAGCGGGAAAUAAAUGUCUUAUCGUUCA